CAGACUGAUUUCCUGACGUCACUUCCCAUCAUUCGUAGCUGUAAUGUCCGCCGUCAGUCCUGUACAGUAAAUCUCAUGUAAGCUGAACUUGUUUUAUAACGAAUACGAGUUCUAUAGAGCCAUGUCCUCAAAAUUAUGAAUUAAACUUAUCAACAAAAGAUGGGAGAUCAAUAUUUAGCGUAUUGUCUCUCACAGGCAAGCUUCACAUGGGCGUUAAAAAGCAAAGUUAUCUGUUGUUGAAGGGAUGAAUAUGGCAGCUAACUCCGACAAGAUGGCAGUAACUGACAACCAAUCUAUUCCUAUUCAUGGGUCUGAUUCUAGAGAAGAUACAGACAUGAAACUUCAAGGUAAAUCUACCAAUGAUGGCAAUUAUAAAAAGAAAAGUACAUUCAAAAUAACAAGUGUUACUAAAAGUUAUCAUGGGUCAGCAGACUUGUCAAAUGAUGCUGAUCAUGACAUUGAACAUGAUUCAAUGGAUGAUUUAGAUGAAACUGUAGAAAGUCAUACUGAAGAUGCCAGUUCAGAAAUUUUAGAUAUUUCAAAACAUACUGAUGGCGGUGAGCCUGCAUCACCCAUGGAGGAGGAAACUUCUGAUCAUGCUAUAAACUCUGGCAUUAGUAAUAAAGAAGUUAACAUUAAAACUGAACAAAUGAAUAGCAGUAGCAAUGUAAAAGAAAUAAAUGUGAAAGAAAAGGAAAAGACAGAGCAGCAAGGUCCACAUCCAACCAGAUUUAAAGUAGUUAAGAUAGAAACAAGAGAACCAUUUAAACGUGGACGAUGGAGAUGUCAAGAUACUUUAGAUAUUCCAGCUCCAGACAAAAGUGACACUAAAAUUAAUAUUGUUGACUCAAAUGUUGGGGUAUCAAAUACUUCUGGUACCACACAUAAUGUAAGUUCAGUAGAAGACCCAUCUAAAAAUCCUGCCAAAUCUGUGACUGUGAUUCAAGGUGAAAACAGGGAAAAUUUUCACAUUGAUAAUUCUUCAACAAUUCGUCAGACUCAACCUAAUAGUCAACUACAAAUAGUACAAACUCCUAACUCUAAUAUACCGAGUAAUGUUGCUCAACAGGUAUACACACAUCCAGUUUCAACCAAUUUUCAGAAUGGAACAGGACAUUCUCAAGCUCUCCCAAAUGUGAACAGUUCUCAUACCCCUGGUCAAACUACUAUGCAAACAGGUGAUACAACUUUCAUUUAUACUGGUCAGAUACCUAGUACAAUACAGAAUAUAGCUGGGUCAAAUGUAGAUAAAAGUUUACAGUACAAUAAGGAACAAUAUGUUGGUAGUGAUAAUGUGAUACAAAAUGUAGACAAUGCAGAACUUAAUUCUGAUUCAUCAAAGACCAGCGGUGCUCAUAAAAUGCCACAGAAUUCCAUGAAUAUUGAGGUACAGCAAGGGGCAAUUCUGACGCCACAGUCUGUCGCUGAAGUUGUUGGAAUGAUUCCAAGUCCACAGGAAGAAGACAGGUCUAAAAGAAACUUCAGUGCUAUUAAUCCUCUCACACCAGGUGGACGAAAUGAUAAAAAGUGUACCAUUCGUGGAAAAAUUGGUUCAAGUACUGUUGCUAUUGAUAACAAAAUAGAACAAGCUAUGGAUCUAGUGAAGAGUCAUUUGAUGUAUGCAGUGAGAGAAGAAGUAGAAGUUUUAAAGGAACAAAUAAAAGAACUGAUGGACAAAAAUCAACAGUUAGAAUAUGAAAACCAAAUCUUAAAAAAUUCUGCUAGUCCUGAAACGCUCUCCAAACUUUCCAGUCCUUCAUCAUCUUCAUGACAGCAUCAUAAUGGAUGUCUACAGAUAAAUUAAAACCAUCAUGUGGUGACACUGAUGACCCAGGCCAUCUCUAUGGUAACCAGAGUUCAUCAAUAUGGUUCAAGUGGUCUGAGUUACUCCUGUUGAAACUCAGCAAUUGUCAUGGCUACCCACUGGAUCAAUAGAAUAUGCUGUCCCAAGAUAUUGCAAAGCUAAUUUUGACAUUUUACUUAUUAAUUUCAUACAUAAUCAGAAUAUCAGUAUUAUUUAUUUUGUAAUGGUAUUGAUUUAACAUGUCAGUUAUAGGAGAGAAUAUCAUUUAGCUGAGAAAAUUUAUCUUGUUACUCUGAUUACCAAAAUUAGGCAUACUUAUUUCAUUUUCAGGAUUAUGUAGGACCUAAUUGUAAAUAAUAAAUACUGUAAGGACUAAACUAUAUGAAAAAAAAACAGUUUUGGUAACAGACAGUAACUAUAUAUUUAAAUUUGGAAAUUAGAUGGGAUUUUUAUUUUAUUUGUUAAAAUUAACAAAUAAUUACCAUAUUAAUGUAUGCAAUGAAAAUACUUUAAAAAAAAGUUUUGGUUUUUACCAUUUGGCCAGAAUGUCCUCUCAAUAUUUGGCAUAUUUAAUUUUUGAUUUAAGAGAAGUUUUAAUAAAUUGGUUGGCUGUUACAUUUAAGACAUUAUUAACUUGAUGAAGAAAGGAAAGACUGUCUGCUUAAUUCUGUAGCUUCAGUUUGUAUUCUGUUUUCCCAUCAUUUUAGUGUUGCUUUUUGCUUAAAGAUUCACUUUGUAUGAUAUAUAGAUAUUUGCAAUGAAUAAUUACUGUAUAAUAGGAUACUAGCUGUCCCUGAUUGCUUUGAACAGACUUUUUGCUGAGGUAUUUAAAUUCAUAAGAUGAGGAGGUUAAAGAAUAGAACUGUACAUAUACUGCACACAAUAAUAGUUGUUCAUAUUGAACCAUGGUUUUGCACUUACAAAGUAACAUGGUAUUCACAGCAUUAAUGAGAAUUUGUGGUAAACAAAUCGAAACUGAAAACAAACUAUACAUAUUAAUGGAAUUACACCAUUUAUUUUAUAGGUUGCGUUUUUUGUGGACUUAUAAUUGAAUAGAAUGAAAUGACUAUCUCAAUGCCAAUUUCUUGAACAAGGGGAGAUAACCCAAACAAUUAUUAAUGUGGCCAGUACAAAUCCCUGUUAUCGUUUUGUUUGACAUUAAACUUUAAUAAUGCAAUUUAAUGUUAAAACAAUAAAUUUAUAAAUAUAAUUGUAUAUGUGUAUUAUAUGUAUAUUGAUGUAACAAAUAUUGUUAUAUUUUAAUAGAAUAUAUUAUAUAUGAAAAUAAUUUAAUUUUCAUCUUUCUUCAGUUUUAUCAUUUAAUAUCAGCUUAACAUGAAGUCUCUUUUCAUGUUUCUUUUAAAUAAAUUGCAUAUUAUUUGGCUUGGUUAUAAAAAUUCCUAAAAUCAUAUGAUUUUUAAAUACUUCCUUUUGAAAUAAAUGUUAUUUUAAAUUUAAAAAGUUUAUACUUUAUAUGAGUUAAUACAUAAAGGAUAUGUGUUCUUACCUUUUGAAAACUGUUGGGUCUGUUUUAAAUAAAUUAGAAUGGUAAGCAAAAGUACAAGUUAUUCAAAUUUCAAUAACCAGUAGAUCAAAAUUAUUUUUCCAAAUGGAAUUAUUUUACUGGACAGAUAGACCCAGUCAUUUUUACAUGUUUAGAAAAUUGUCAUAUAAUCGAGUUUUUAGAAUUUUACUUUUUAUUGUUAUUUGCCUUUCAAAUGUAGUAAAAUAAGUUUCAAGGAAGUGCUAUAAUUUAUUUUGAAGGAAAGUGUUAUAUGUUUUAUAUUUUGUUUGCAAUGUUGAAGUAUGAUAAGAGAUACUGUGUUUUAACAGAUCUAAUUAGUAUGUUCACACAAACACUUACUCAAAAUGUAACUAAAAAGCUUUGAUUAAGAAGUCCUAACUGCAUUUUGCUAAAUAUUGAAUAUUUUAAGAAAUUGUUUACUAUUUCUUAUCGCUGAUUAAUGGCAUAUUCAUCAAAGAGACAUUUAUUGUAUUGUUUUGAUAAAUGACUCUUUAUGAAUAUGUAUAAAAUGAUGAAAACAAUGUUUGAGUAUAUCAGACAAUUUAUCUUUUUUAUAUGGGGCAAGGGAGGGGGUGACAUUUUGAAUUAUAAAUGGUAACUGCUUGAUUACUUUUGAAAUUUAGACAAAAAUUAGACAUCAGCUUAAGUUUAGGUCUUUUAUAAUUAUGUUGAAAGAAAUGUGUUGGGGUACCUGAAAGUUGAUUUGUUCCUGCAUUUUUUAAUUCUUCAUCAAUAAAAAUUAUGACUUCUUUUUUUUUGUUAAAUUGGUUGUGUUAAUUGACCAUGAAGACCUAUGAAAAUGUUAUUCAAAAGAAGAAAUGUGAUAUGUAAAGCCUGUAUAAAGAAAAACUACAUUUAUCUCAAAAGGAUCUGCAAAUUUUAACCAAAUAAUCUGGUCAAGACAUAUGCAGCUUGUAAUAUUCAAAUUGUUGACACUUUCAACAGAAAUCAUUUUUUUAAUAAAAAAUUACGUUGUCUUGCAGGUGUUUUUACAGUAAAAUAUUGUCUGGUAUAUUUAAAAUCUUGAAACUUGCUGGAAGAUGAUUAAGAAACCAAAAUGAGAUUCUUCUGGUAAGGAAGAUAACUUGCCAUUGUGAUAUGAAUGUAAUGUGCAAAAGUAGGAUAAAUUGGAGAGAAAUAUGACAUUUAUAAACUAAAUAACAUUACCAUGAAAUUAAAAUAAAUUUAAUUUACAAUUUU